AUGGAGUGGGCGGCUGAGCAGCAGGAUCUCGGGGAUCUCGGGCUCGUUGGCAUCUGCCGCGAGACCUGCCGUGUGAUCCACCGCUCCACCCUCCCCUACGGGGCGGCCGUCCUGGAAGCCGUACUUCUCUCUGCGCUUUUGCUCGAGCACGUCGCCGCCUUCCGCGGCCUCUGCUCCCUCCUCGAGGCCGAAGACGGUUCCAACCUCAUCCGUUUCGUCGCCGUGCGGGGCGCCUUCUUACUCUUCGAGGGCCUCUCCAUGUGCCUCGCCGUCUUCUUCUCCCUCCUCUGCACCAGCGUCUACGUAUUCCUUAUCGCCUCCCUCUAUUGUACCCAGGGCGACCACCGCGCUUCCCGUAGCCUCCAGCAGCACCUCCCCCGUGUCCCCCUCGAGCGCUUCAUCUCUACCUUCUUCCUCGCACUCGCACUCGCCGUUGUCAUAUUCUUCGUCUUCCUCGCCGCCUUGCUCCUACUCCACUACGAGGCCGGCCUACCGCUGCAGCUGCUUGGCGUGGCCACCUGCCUCGCCGGGGCGGCCUACGUCGCCCCGGUUUUCCAUCUUUCCUGCGUCGCGUCGGUGCUCGAGGACGCCGUCAAAUUUGCCGCUGUGCGCAAGAGCCGCGCGCUCCUCGCCGGCAAGUUCUGGGCCGCGGCGGCCGUCUUCCUCACGCUCGACGGCUGCUUCGUGGCCCUGCAGCUGGCCUUCGCGCGGCUGGUGCUGGACGACGCGCUCGGCCUCGGCCUCGGGUUCCAGGUGGCCGCGGGAGUGGCGCUCUUCGUGGCUCUGUGGGCGGUGGUGCUGCUGACGCUGGCGGCGCAGCCGGUGAUCUACAUGGUGUGCAAGAACAACCACCACGAGGUGGUCGAUAAGGUCCAUCUCGACUACAUCGGAGAGUAUGAGCGGCUCGCCGUCGACGGCGACAACGGCGUGGAGCUGCAGCUAGCCGGUGGCGACGGAGCAGAUCCCUGA